AUGUCGUCGAUUUUCACGGCAGCCGUUCUUGCUUCGGAUUCACGGCAGCCGGGAAUCCGAAGACUCAUGUGUUUGUUCAUGACUAUUACAGAGACGUUGAGGCUUUAUGGAGAUGAGUUCUUGUGUCGUGAGAAUCUUGUCGAGUCAAAUGAUUUGCUUGCGCACUACGUGUUGGAUAAGAUGGAUAAAAACAGUACCACCAUGUUUUGUAGUGAUCGUAAGAAACGCUCUGUUUCUUCUUAG